AUGAAGAUACAAAAACAAUCUAAGAAAGUCGGGCAGCCGCAUCCCGAAGUGGCAGCCCUUAUAUCGACACUUAUCACUACGCCUCAAAGUGAGCUCGCCAAGUUCAUAGAAGACAUUCCUCUGUGGACCUGGCCGCGCUCCGAUCUUAACUCAUGGACCAAAGUCCUCAACCGAUUCGAUGCUAUCUUCAACGAUUUAAUCGACAAAUAUGACCUCAAUAAAUUACAACUGAAAAUUUUCGACGAGGCUGACAAGAAGCUACUGCUCGAGCUGCUCAGGUUCGAGCGAAUGCUGUUAGAGAACUCGACGAACCGGAAGCUCUUUGCAUCCUACGAUCGGUUGAAUGCACUUCUCGCGACUUCAGACUUGGAUGUUUUGGUCGCUGUCCUACAACUCCUACUGCGUCCAUCGCAGCAAUAUUCUUCACAACCGCCAACUCCUCAUUCACUCAACAUCUCGGCUCCAAGGCUGCAAGCACUUGCUAUGCGAUGGCCCGGCCUACGAGAGGCAGGAAUAGAGUUACACGAGCUUUUGGAUAAACCGGCUCAACCUGUAUCAGCCGUAGCGAAGGUGAAGGCUCCUGAGACUAGUAUUCGCUUUGGGUUCGGUACUGGUUCAAGCGGUUUUGCAACACCCACCCAAGUAGCUACCGGUGCUUCCACUCCUCGAGCGGGACUAUCCUCUUCCGGACUUGUCCCGAGUUCGGGCGACGUCACUUUUCAAUUUUAUCGCAAGACCGUUUCGGCAACCCAAGCACAGGAGCCCAAGGCCGAGUCAUCUGAGGUAGAGCAAACGCCUACUCGGGCAUCGGGCUCACGCCCUGCUUCAUCUUCAAAUCCAUUUUCGCCAUCCAAGGAUGCAUCCACAAGUACUCCUCAGACGGGAAUGACCGUUGUCCGGUUGACGGAUCUACAGAACCCAACUAAAGACUACAUGCAAAUCGUGGCCGAGGCUAUUCAAAAAUACGACAUUCCCGAUGAGGAAGUUUUCGAAUUGAUGUGCCGCGUCCGCAUUGCACGCGUUUUGGGGCCCGGCCAAGAGCAUGCACGCGAAAAGCUCGCAUGCGUCCGAUUACUUGCCAUUGCCAUCUUUGCACACACCCAAUCAGAGACACUGGCGCAACAGCAGCUUUUCUUGUAUGAACCCGACCUUACACAUCACCUCGCUGAGUUGAUCCACCACGAUCGCAAUGUUCCGGUAUCGGUUCAGGUUGCGGCUGUCAAUGCGCUUGAUGGAAUAGCACGUUAUCGCCAUCGCUCAACCGAAGUGUUGGCCGCUGUAAAUGCCAAUGUGAGCCACGGCAUUCUCAUGGGUUCCUUGCGCAAGGCGGUCGAUGAGAUCGCAAAGCCGAAUUCUCCUAUGCCAAAUGAGUUCCCAGAGGCCUUACUCGGUUUCAUCACAUAUCUUGCUUCUCAGUCUGCAGGAGAAUCGUCAGCAGAACGUAUGACAGUGGUCUCGAAAGCCAUGCCAUUGAUCGACAAUUUGCUUUACGGUUUCCCUACUGCUUUCCAGCUGUUCGUGAAUGCGCACGGUGUUGAAGCAAUGGUUGAUCGUAUCUUGCAUGAGGUCACAACUAGUAUCGAAUCGUAUGGCGCUCUUGCAAAAGCGUCACCACCCAACGGCGGAUCAUCAAGCCUGCUUCCUUUCGUAAAAUCUUCCCUCCUGAAACAUAUUAUUCGCUCUAUGCAUCGGAUGAUGCAAUCAUCAGGGACAGCCGAGGGGCUACGGACCUUGAUUGAUUCUUCCCUGGUCAAGUCAAUCAAGUUGAUCAUGGAGAACAAGAUCUUAUUCGGCCCACCGAUCUAUUCCAUUGCCAUCAACAUCAUGGCCAUGUUUGUGCACAACGAGCCAACGUCGCUCGCAAUCCUGCAAGAAGCUCAUGUACCAGAUGUCUUUUAUGGCGCGAUUGAAAGUGGCAUCGAGCCUGCGAUUGAAGCUAUCACUUCUGUGCCAAAUGCUAUCGGUGCACUUUGUCUGAAUCAGACCGGACUGAACCAGUUUAACGAGCACAAGGCAGUUAUGCCCACCUUCUUCUCGAUGUUCACUAGCGAGCCUCAUAUCAAGGUUCUGCUCGAGAAGGACAACGCGAAUGCUAUUGGUGGUGCGAUUGACGAGCUCAUACGGCACCAUCCCUCGUUGAAAGAUGCUGUAUUCGAAAGCGUUAUUGGUACUCUGCAAAAAAUUGAGUCUUUGGGAAACAGCUUCCAGAUCCCCAAAGAUCAGGAGAAUAUCUAUAGAAUGAUAAGCACUACAUCUCUCCAGUCUACGGGAACAAUCCAAGAGCCUCCUGUUGCAUCUUCCUCGACUUGGUUGCCCACCGGUCAAGAAUCUGCCCUUCCUUCUGGAGCUGUUACGCCCGCUGCUGCGCCGGAGGCUGAAGAGGCCGAAUCCAUCAAGCCCGAACGAACGGAGAAUGUCAUUGCCUCCUUUAUCGAUAUCUUGUGUCGGGCAAGUAGUGUGUUUUUCUUGGAUGGGAUGUUCCAGCAUAUACCUCAUUGCCAGGAGUUCGUCGACAGCACCGACGGUUUGGAUCGGCUUGGCCACCUGUACACACUUCCCUGUCUGCCCCUGGGCUAUGGCUCUUCAUUGGCGGCCGAUUCAAUGGUUCAGUUGCUGCGCUCGAUGACCGAGGUGUCAGCUACGAAAACCCUGGAAUCGCUCACCAAGCAAGUCCAGCAAUCUCUGGAGGAAACAAAAGCAUUCUGGGAAGAGCCUUCCGACAAGUCUAGGUUGGCGCAAUUGAUGGAACGAGCAGUCCAUGGCAAUGUCGACGAGGCUAAUGCCGAAUAUCGCAAAUUAUUUACUCUCCAUCUUCGGGUCAACCUACUCGCUGACAUUUAUACAACUGUGGGAUAUUCUCAUAGCCGUGGAGGACCCCCUCUUAUCCAAACCUUGACGGGACCCGAUUCUGGAGAAAUUCUUCCCAAACUUGGCGCUCUUCAUCGAGCCUUUGUUUGGGAGCACGCUGCGCUCAAAUCAGCAUUAGCUGCGCAAGGUGUCAAGAGCCAGAACAGCUCGGUUACAGAGAGCGAAGAGCUUUUGUCUCUGAAUCGCCCUCAGGACGGCACCCCUUACCAUGAUGCUAGUGCAAACGAUGCUUCCAAUGCUUCCGGUAGCGGUGGUGUUAGAUCUCUUAAAACAGCUAACGAGCAGAAUAGCCAUCUCAUGCGUCAUUUGGCCGAAAUGCUUCCGAGUGCAUUAGCACCGUUUUUCCAUGCUGUUGUCAAGGUUCUCGCUCCAAGUAGACGAAUCUCAGAUCCCGAUUAUCGCAAGCAAGGAUUUAACGCUGCUCUCGUGGUGGCUAAUAUAUUGAAAGAGCAUCUUACCUGGCGGCCUUCUCCCGAUCUCCAUGCAACCUAUGCCUAUGCAACCGUUAUGCUAAAUCUUCUCCAAAUAUUGAUUUUCGAUGAGCGCCAAUCAGCUGCUGUUCAAACCAUCCUUCUUGUUGCCUUUUUUCGCGUCGACGGCCAAGAGCGUGUAGUCGAGCUUGUCAAUAACUGCCUGAAUGCGGCUGAUCGUAUUUUUGCCAUCCCCGAACAAGACCAGACGCCCGAGCAAAAAAGCGAGUUGAUUUACGUUCUUGGCUGUAUCAAGAUUGCACUUGGUUUGCUUCACCCCCUUGUGUCGUCUUCGCCGAUGCUUGAAUCCCCUCAAACGGCGCAACUAACCACUCACGGCAAGGACGAAAGCGAUGAGGAUUAUUUUGAGCCGCACGUGUUUUUGAUUAGAUCUCGAGCUACGUUUAUCCCCAUCGCGACUAGACUCUGGAAUUCCCCUUGGUUGCCCAAAACUAUCCCCGACCUGAUCAAAGGAGUAGUGAACACUGUUCUCGAAAUCAUGAAGGGUGACAGGGAAGAUGCUCCACCUGACACGACUUCAUCCAACGCUUUUACUGAGUUCCUGCGCUCGCGCGCAUUUAUGCAACCACCGGCACCCCGGCCUGUGGACGAAACCCGGCUGCAGACAUUGAUGGACAUGGGUUUUUCUCGCGAAGCAGCAACUCGUGCGCUCAUUAUUGGAGGGAACAAUACCACCCGUGCUACAGAUUAUCUUCUAACCCAUGGCGAGAGUGUAGAGGGCGAAGGAACUUCCAACGAGCCAACGAUCCCGCCUCCAGCGGAAGCCUCCUCGAUGCAAACCGACGAUCCAGAGGUGGAUUCCCCUGACCCAGCUUCCGAAGAGAACAAGUCGGAUAAAGGAAAGGAAACGGCCCAUGAUACCAAGGUGGUUGCCCGCGAUUGGGCCAAGGAACUUCAGGAAGCUCGCCAAGCUCUCCGACCCGAUAUUGGACCCCGUUUGCUAGCCCUCGCUGAUAAGGAUCCGCAGUUAGUUUUCGACCUUAAAUCUGCCUUUAUUGGAUCAAGCAACUCCUAUCAAGCUAGCUGCCUGGACUCUUUAUUCGAAAGUCUCGGUACUCUGACUCCGAAGGAUUCCGCUUUUGCGACUCGCUGUCGCCUCCUUGCGGUGGUACUCAACACUGCCGGUGCCGACGACUAUGUUCCCUCAAGCGAGAAAGUCCGUGGACUGACCGAAUACCUGUUAUCUAUUUUUGUCAAACCAUUGGAUGGCCCGGCUGAUUGGUUAGCGGGAUAUCUCCUUGUAAUCGAAGUGCUCCUUGUAAUCUCUGACGAGAUCGCUCCGGUUCAACUACCCAAGGACGAUGAGCCUGUCCCAAUGGUUGCUUUCAGGACACACGAUAUCUCAGCUACGCGCAGGACGGCUUUCAAAUUAUGCCUCGAAAUACUGCCUCUCCCCGCGUUAACGAGUGACGAUCUUUUGGCGGUAUUCAGGCUCUUGAUCAUUCUUACCCGGGACCAUAGCCUAGCGGACGAAUUCCUUUCCAGCGGUGGGCUACAGCACUUGCUUUCCGUGUUCAACGAUCCCUCGAAGGAGAUUAGCAACGGACAAAUCCAUUCACUCAUCAUUCUGAGACAUAUCAUCGAGAGUCCACAGGUCUUAAAGCAAAUAAUGGCCAGUGAGGUCAAGAAAGCUUUUCCCAGUAACCGCAAUCGGCCUAUAGAAGUUGCCGCAUUUGUGAACACAUGUCGAGGGACUGCGCUCCGAGACCCAGAAGCAUUUAUUGAAACCGCAAAGCAGUAUUGUGAGAUGACAACACCCACUCGACCUGGAUCCAGUCAAAACUACGUUGCGCUGACUGCUGCGGCAUCGGGAGGAACUGACCAAUCCCCUCCCGAAAGUAGCUCUGGACCGAAGACCGGACAGGACUUGGACGAACGUCUGAUCCAGUAUCUUGUGAACGAACUUCACCGCGCGGGACGGGUUGCUCUCGAAGCUCUUGCUGAAGACGCUACUCCAUCGUCAAUAACCAAACCCUCUCAGCCUGACGCUUCGGUGACUGCCGAUGAGGCUCGAGCAACUACUCCUACUCCUGGGACUGCACCCACUCAAACUACUGAACCCGCCACGACGGUACCUCAUUCCGACUAUCUAUAUGCGUGCUUCCUUUUACAAUGCCUUGCCGAGCUCCUUCUCUCGUACCCUUCCUGUAAACUCGCCUUUAUUGCCGCUGGCAAGAAAAAGAUGAGUACGCCCAGUCGCGACGGCAGUAAAUCGAAGAGCACCAUUCUAUCGUUUUUGCUAUCCGAUCUGCUCUCCUUUGGGAAGAUCUAUGGGCAGCCUUCCGAAAAGGCUAAGCGUCGAAUUGUCAUGUCUCGAUGCGCAAUGGAAGUCGUCCUUGCUCUCUGCACAUCGCCAAUGUCCCAGCAGGCACCCACUGAUCUCAAAGAUCUUCCGAGUGACAUUGUACAUAUUCGAAAAACCGUGCUGGAAACUCUGGGGAAAGCAAUCAAGGAUACAUCGAAUGUUGGUUCCAUCGAAGCCCGCUAUGGGCGGCUCAUCUCUCAUGCAGAGCUUUGCUCUCUGCUCCUGACACCCCAGCCAACAAUAUCCUCCAAGCCCGUCCAGGACGAUGUCACCAUCCAUCUAGCCAAGAUUAUGCUCGAGAAGAAUUUUGUUGGAACCCUUACCAGCGUGUUGGGGGAGCUCGAUUUGAAUUAUCCUAACGUCAAGUCUCUCAUCUCCGCAAUUCUUCGUCCCCUGGAGUACCUUUCGAAAGUUGCCAUUAAGAUGGGUCGAUCUGACAAGAGCAAAACAUCACUUGCAGUUGAUGAGGAAUCCGAAACUUCGUCCAGCAUGUCAGUCGAUGAUGAUGAAGAGGAGGAAUCCGAAGUCGAAGCAGCUAACGAUCUCUAUCGCAAUUCGGCACUCGGCAUGUUCAGCGGAGAAAUGGAAGAACAAUACCCUCAGGACGAGGAAAUGGAUGACAGUGAAGAAGAGGGUGAAGAGGUUGAAAUGGAAUUUGGGGAUGAAGAUACGGGCACGGAUCUUUCCGAUCAAACAAGUGACGAUGAAGAGGAUGACAUCAAUGCCGAAGGGGAGCUGGCCAUCGCCGAAGGAGAUGAAUGGGAAGAUGAAGACGAGGAGAUGACAGAUCCAGACGAGGAUGAGGAAGAAGAUACCGACGAGGAGAGCGAGGACGAAGCAGGUCUCACCUGGGAUGGUGGUGUAACAGCCGCAGAAGCCAUCGGGGAGCCCGGACCAGAUGGCGAACUUGAGCGAGAAAUGGACGAUAUGGCUGCGGUUGAUCUUCAAGCAGCUCUUGAGGAAGACGGUGACGACGCCGAGCCAACCUCUGAUGACGAAGAAAACGCUCUGGAACAAGUUGAUACGAUCCCUGUAGGUGAUGAAGACAUGGCCCUGGACUGGGAUGGACAACAGCCUGGUAUGCAAAUACUCAACGGCCGUGGCUUCUUUAUGUCAACAGACGAUGGACAUCGGAGCCGCUUGAUAGACGAUGGAGAGACCCUCUUUGGACGAAGUCGCGGAGUGGCGGCUGCACCGUCCCUGAGCGUUUCAAGCCACCCACUCUUGGAGAACCCAGAAUCUAUUCGUGCCAACAAUCAAGCCACUUCACGUUCUUCGAGGCGAUCGGCCCGUAGUGGUCCUCCAGCUGUUCGCGGUGCUUUCAAUGAAAUGCUCCAAGUCAUUGACAACAUGAUUGGUGGUGAAGGUGCACAACUCAUGCAGCAUCUUCUCUCUCAGCAUCCUGUACCCCCCGGCAGCACUCUUGACAUUACGACAAAUCCAUCGGGCGGGGGAACUGCGAUUAUGGCCAGCCUCACCACCCAGCCUCACCGUCACAGUUCUUCACGACACGAGCGCCACGCCAACGAACCGCGCGAAGUUCCGGAGUUCUUGCCCAUGGCCACGGCGCAUAGAUGGCAAGACGAAACAAAUAUCACCCAUCAUCGAUUUACGAACGAGCGCCUUCGUAAAAUUUCUGACCACCUAAUUCUUGCAUUGCUGCCCGCCUUCCGCGAGAAAGUGCGCAAAGAAAAGGAGGCUGAGAAGGAACGAGCGGAAAUAGCCGAACGAGAACGCGAGGAAGCUGAACGUAUUGCCAAGGAGGAAGCCGAAAAGGCAAAGCAAGUUAUACCUGAGCCUGCUACUGCGCCUGCUCCUGAAGAAUCUGCUCCGGCACCAACGACUGAACCAGUUGCCCAGACCCCUCAGGCCGAAGACAUCGUGAUGGAGGAGUCUUCAACCGAAUCCAAACCAGCAGAUACAACCGGGACCCCUGCACCUGAAGCUUCGAGUGCUCAAAUGGAUGUCGAUGCUCAACCAUCAGGGUCGGGCUCCGGAGGUGAACCUCCAGCUACAACCAAUUCGGAAGCGCCUCCUGAACCCCCUGCUGAGCCACAGCGUGUAAUUGUGCACAUCCAUGGUAAUGAGGUUGAUAUUACCGAUACAGGCAUAGAUCCUACGUUCUUGGAAGCAUUACCUGAUGAUAUGCGCGAAGAGGUCUCAACCAGCAUUGCCGAGUUUUUGGACGCCCUCCCUCCGGAUAUUCGUGCGGAGAUUUUGAUGCAGGAGAGUGCGGAGCAAGCCCGGAUGGAGCGUGCGCGUGCACGAGCUGCUGAACAAACGGCUGCUGGUGGACCUUCCGAUAUUGACCCAGCGAGCUUUUUGGCCAGUCUAGACCCUCAACUACGACAAGCUGUUCUCCUGGAACAAGACGAUGGUUUCUUACAAACUCUACCUUCAGCUAUGAUCGCCGAAGCGACUUCCAUGAGAGAGGUUUUUUCCGGCCGAAGAUAUACGGGUGGUGCAUCACGCGGUACGACUUCGGGCACCCGCCAUGAACCACCUGCGCCUCGUAAGCCGGCUGCACCUCGUGACUCGAUUCAACUUCUCGACAAGAAUGGAAUCUCCGCCCUCGUGAGACUAUUAUUCUUCCCCCAGUUCCCGCCUCGCAAGAGUAAUUUGCACAAAAUUUUGGUCAAUCUCUGCGAGAACUCGAAGACACGGGAGGAUUUGUUCGUGCUCCUACUUGGAAUUCUCCAGGAUGGAACCGCCGAUGUUGCUACUGUCGAUCAAAGUUUCUCUCAGAUGUCGGUUGCCAAGGCCUCCACAUCUCCCACAAAAUCCAUCAAAUCCACCUCCGUAUCACAAGAACCCAAUCCACUGUUUGCACAUCUCAACGGAGAGAACAUUCCUAACCUGGUGGCACAACGGUGCCUCGAUACAUUGGGCCUGAUUGUCCAGGCCAACGAGCGCUCGCCGUUAUACUUUUUGACAGAACAUGAGCUACCCGCCGGAAUGAAGCGUGUCCCGUCAUCUCGCAAGGGCAAGGGCAAGGAGAAACAUGCGCCACAGACUCAUUUCCCGGUUGUUCAACUACUCGGACUACUUGACCGGCCAAACAUACUCAAUUCACCGGCAAUGCUCGACUCUAUUGCGUCCCUGCUCGCUUCUAUCACCAAACCCCUUUCAUCACUCAAGACUGCCCCACAGACGCAGACGCAGGCAACAGAGUCAGUCUCAGCCCCAACGCCGGCACCCACAGCGGAGAACGCCCCGACCGAUUUGUCAUCUGCCCCCACAACCGGCUCGACCGAUAACAAGCCUAGCGAUCAAACCGCCACCAAAGAGCCUAGCGAAGAAACGCCCGAAUCUAUCUUGCGCACGCAUCCACCCCAGAUCCCUCACCACAACUUCCGGCUUAUCGUCAAUAUCCUUACCGCAGGAGAAGUGUCAGGCAAGACGUUUACGAAUACACUCGGCCAGAUCCAACACGUUUCUGCCCUAUCGGGUGCGCGUGAUGUAAUUGCCUCUGAACUCAAGUCCAAGGCACAAGAGUUUGGGAUGAUACUGUACAACGAUUUGGACGACCUUGCGAAAGCACUCGAAGAAGCCGAAGCGAGCAAAGAUGUCCGAGGACCCGCUAUCGCCAAAUUCUCAUCUGCCUCUUCUGAUCAAGCCAAGCUGUUACGUAUUCUCAAGAUGAUUGACCUCAUGUAUGCGCCAAAGGAGGGCCAGGACAACGAACCAAGCAGUGCGGACGAAGAAAAAGUGGCCGCGAUAUACGAGGACUUUAGGUUCCAAGGAUUGUGGCGAAGACUGGGUGACUGCCUGGCUGUUGUGGAGCAAAAACCUGAUCUGGAACACAUUGCCACGGUGCUACUGCCCCUCAUCGAAGCGCUGAUGGUUGUCUGCAAACAUGUCAAACCACAAUCAACGGGUGGGCGCUCGCACUCGCAAUCGUUAUCCCAAUCACAGCGGGCCCUGAUGUCACCCCUUUCUCCGUCUACGCCCCGAGUCUCGGCGAGCGACUUGUUUGUCGAGUUUACCGACGCGCACCGCAAGGUUCUCAAUCUGAUGGUCGAAACAAUCCGUCGCUCAUGGGUGCUCCGCAAGCGCUCGCGCGACGCUCCUCAUGGCACGCUUCAACUCAACUUGCGCCGCCCCCACGUGUUUGAGGAUAGCUUCCAGAAUCUGCAGCGCAAGACGGGCGAACAGAUCAAAUACGGCAAACUAAGUGUGCGGUUCUACAACGAAGAAGGCGUCGACGCAGGAGGUGUUACACGCGAAUGGUUCCAAAUUCUGGCGCGGCAAAUGUUCAACCCGGAUUAUGCGCUAUUCCAGCCGUGUGCGGCGGAUAAGUUGACGUUCCAGCCUAACCGCGCGUCGAUGGUGAACCCGGAGCAUCUGUCGUUCUUCAAGUUUGUUGGGCGCGUUAUCGGCAAGGCGAUUUACGACGGACGCCUGAUGGAUGCUCACUUUGCACGGUCGCUCUAUCGUCAAAUUUUGGGCAAGCCGGUGGACUAUCGUGACGUCGAGUGGGUUGAUCCUGAUUACUACAAGUCCCUGAUCUGGAUUUUGGAAAACGAUCCGACGGUGUUGGAAACCACGUUUACAGUCGAGGCCGAAGAAUUUGGUGUACACAAGGUCGUGCCGCUCAAGGAAAAUGGAGACAAGACUGUCGUGACAGAAGAGAACAAGAAGGAGUUUGUGCAGUUGUCGGCUCAGUACCGACUCUACACGUCCAUCAAGGACCAAAUCGAGGCGCUCCUGGCUGGAUUCUACGAUAUCAUCCCCAAGGAACUGAUUUCCAUCUUUAACGAGCAAGAGCUUGAACUCCUAAUCUCGGGAACGCCAGAUAUUGACAUUGAUGAAUGGCGCGCCGCCACGGACUACAACGGGUACAGUCCGAGUGACCCAGCGAUCGUGUGGUGGUGGCGUGCGCUCAAGUCGUUUGACCGCGAGGAGCGAGCCAAGGUGUUGAGCUUUGCGACCGGCACGUCCCGCGUGCCACUGGAAGGGUUCAAAGACUUGCAGGGCGUCCAGGGGACGCAGCGAUUCUCGAUCCAUCGCGCAUAUGGGGAGUCGGACCGUCUGCCACAGGCGCAUACUUGUUUCAACCAGAUCGACCUUCCGCAAUAUUCAUCGUAUGAGAAACUGAGGACGCAGCUGUUGUUGGCGAUCAACGAGGGAGGAGAGGGAUUCGGAUUUGCAUGA